UGGUGGUGAGACGGAGAGGGCUGGGCUGGAGGCUAGUACAGGAUCUCUCUUACAGAUUUUGUAGGAUUUAUGGAUAUUUGAAUAUAUUCUACUGGAAUAAUUAGUUGUUUUGUACAAGCAGCGAUGGGUCGUCGAAGACAAAGAGAAAGCGUUUGGAUUCAGUGCGUCUCGUUGCUUUGUUUAUUUGACUGGUCUGCAGCGCAGAUCUCUUACUCCGUUUCAGAGGAGGUGGACAAAGGCACGUUUGUUGGGAAUCUCGCUAAGGAUUUAAACCUUAAUGUUCAGGAACUUGAGUCUAGGGGUUUAAGGAUUGUAUCAGGACAGAGUAAGAGAUAUUUUGAGGCGAAUUUGAAAACGGGGAUUCUAUUCGUUAAUGAGAGGAUAGACAGAGAGGAGCUUUGUCCGAAUAAGGUAAAGUGCUCUUUAAAUAUACAGGCCAUAUUGAGCCACCCCAUGCUUCUCCACCGCAUUGAGGUGAAUAUUAUUGAUAUCAACGACAAUGCGCCGUCUUUUCUUGAAAAAAUACAUCGUUUGAAUGUUACUGAAUUAGCUUCUCCUGGUGAGAGAUACCUGCUACCAAUAGCGAAUGACGCAGAUACGGGCAGUAACUCGGUAAACAGCUACAAGCUGAGCCCGAAUGAACACUUCUCCCUGGAUGUACAGAGCGGUGGAGAGCAGAGUGUGUCUGCUGAGUUAGUGCUGCAGAAAGCUUUAGACCGAGAGAAACAGCCCGUUAUCCAGCUCACACUGACCGCUAUAGAUGGAGGAAAACCUCCUAGAUCCGGAACUUCACAGAUCAUUGUUCACGUAAUAGAUGUCAAUGAUAAUUCUCCAAUUUUUUCCCGGACGCUUUACAAAGUACAUGUCCAUGAAAAUGCACUUUUUGGGACAGCUAUACUAACUCUCAAUGCAACAGAUUUAGACGAGGGCGUAAAUAGUAAAAUAGUGUACUCUUUCUUAAAACGGGGUAAUUUGGACCCAUCCAUUAUGUUUAGCAUCAAUUCAGACACGGGUGAAAUUACAAUCAAAGGGAAUUUGGAUUAUGAAGAAAGUCCUGCAUACGAAAUUCGAGUUCAAGCGACCGAUCAAGGGCAUUCUCGUCGUAGUGCACACGGUAAAGUGUUAGUUGAAGUUAUUGAUGUCAAUGACAAUACUCCAGAAAUCUCAGUAACGUCACUCAUGAGUCCAUUGAAAGAGGAUGCUGAGAUAGGGACAGUGGUCGCCUUAGUGACAGUGACAGAUAAAGAUGGUAGUAACAAUGGCAUCACCAACUGUAAACUUACUAGGUCUGUUCCUUUUAAACUAAAAUCGAAUUAUAAAAACGAUUAUUCUUUAGUGGUUGAUGGGCCUCUUGACAGAGAGAGUGCUUCUCAGUAUAAUGUCACCAUCACAGCUACGGAUGAAGGGACCCCACCUCUCUCCAGCACCAGCGUUAUUACUGUACACGUUUCUGAUGUGAAUGACAACGCUCCUCGCUUCCCAGAACCCGUGAUUAAUGUUUAUGUGAAGGAGAACAGCCCAGUAGGAGACAUUAUUUAUACGAUUUCUGCUUUUGAUCCAGAUUCAGAAGAAAACGCAAAGAUUAGGUAUACAUUAUUAGAUAAAAGUGUUUCAAUAUCAUCAUCUGUAAAUAUAAACUCGGAUACCGGAGAUAUAGUCAGCCUGCAGUCUUUUAACUAUGAGGAGAUCAAAACUUUCCAGUUUCAAGUUAAGGCCACAGACUCUGGUGUUCCUCCUCUCAGCAGCAACGUGACUGUGAACGUUUUUAUCCUGGAUGAGAAUGACAACAGUCCUGGGAUUCUCGCGCCCUAUUCUGAACACGGCUCAGUUAACACUGAGAACAUUCCCUAUUCUGCUGAAGCGGGCUACUUUGUGGCCAAGAUCAGGGCUGUAGACGCCGACUCUGGCUACAAUGCGCUGCUUUCUUAUCACAUCUCUGAGCCCAAGGGAACCAACCUCUUCCGAAUUGGAACCAGCACCGGGGAACUAAGGACCAAGAGGCGAAUGAGUGACAAUGACCUGAAAACUCACCCGUUGGUCGUGUUGGUUUCUGAUAACGGAGAACCCUCACUGUCAGCGACUGUGUCUAUUGACGUAGUGGUGGUUGAAAGUACAGGUGAAAUCCAGACUCAAUUCAGAAAUGUGCCGAGAAAGGAGGAAAGCUUCUCUGAUUUAAACCUGUAUUUGCUGAUCGCCAUUGCCUCGGUAUCAGUGAUAUUUUUACUGAGCCUCAUCAGUUUAAUAGCUGUAAAAUGCCACAGGACAGACGACAGUUUCAGAAGGUACAGCGCCCCAAUGAUCACCACACACCCUGACGGGAGCUGGUCCUACUCUAAAUCUACUCAGCAGUAUGACGUGUGUUUCAGCUCAGACACACUGAAGAGUGACGUAGUGGUUUUCCCCGCUCCAUAUCCACCUGCAGAUGCAGAAUUGAUCAGUAUUAACGGAAAUGACACCUUUAGCAGGACUCAAACAUUACCCAACAAAGAGAAGAACAUGAGGAUGUGA